AUGGCGGUCAGUCUUGUUAUGAUAAGCUCAGCAACUAAAUUAAUGUUAGCCGCAGUAUUUUUUGUAUUUGUUGCUCUAAACAUCAAUAUACCAUUGGCAACUAGUGAUGGAUGCUUCCCUGUCGUAUUGAAGUUGGAAGAUGAGAAAUCAAACGCCAAUUUAACCUAUUGCGAUUGCUGUAUGUUGAACGCUACUAAUGGUGUUAUGUAUCGCAACGUUACAAGGGCGAGGGCUAUGGCAAUAGAUAUUGCGAUUUAUGAGUCGGAAUGGGUUAGUUCGACAAAUGUAUAUUGUACUGAGGCUGAGAGCAGUCGAGAGUGGGAUUUUAUCAAUGUUAAUUUAGUCUGUGAGCUAAGUAUACCUAAUUUUUACUUCGCAACUACAUAUUAUAACGCUGAAACUUGUGUACAAUGGUUGACUGCUCGGCAAAAACAUAAAAUUAAAUGGUCACAAUCCCGUAUCCCAUACUAUGUAAAUUCGAUAGCAGGCUUUCAAAUCAUACUCUCAGGGGAUGUUGAAAGUAAUCCUGGACCAAAUCGAUCGAAUGCAUCUAAAAGCUCGCGA